ACACCUUCGCACCUUCGUCAUCCAACGACCGUCAACAGCUCAUCAGCCCGUCGAUCUCGUCGCAUUUCCCUCUUCGAUUCUGCCGACAGAAGUUUGCUUCGUUCACGUAAACAACACAACACCGCCAAGAUGGUUUCCGAAUACUGCCCCGUUUACUCGCCCUUCUUCGGUGCUAUGGGCUGCACCUGCGCCAUCGUCUUCACCUGCCUGGGUGCCUCCUACGGUACCGCCAAGUCUGGUGUCGGUAUCGCUGCCAUGGGUGUCCUCCGACCCGAUCUUAUCGUCAAGAACAUUGUCCCCGUCAUUAUGGCUGGUAUCAUCGGUAUCUACGGUCUCGUCGUCUCGGUUCUUAUCUCGGAUGGUCUGAAGCAGCACCUGCCCCUUUACACUAGCUUCAUUCAGUUCGGUGCUGGUCUGUCCGUCGGUCUUGCUGGUCUUGCCGCUGGUUUCGCUAUUGGUAUUGUUGGUGAUGCUGGUGUCCGAGGCACUGCUCAGCAACCCCGUCUGUUCGUCGGCAUGAUUCUGAUUCUGAUUUUCGCCGAAGUCCUGGGUCUUUACGGUCUGAUUGUCGCCCUGCUCAUGAACUCCAAGGCCAACGUCGAGGCUACCUGCUAA